UGUCUAACUACUUCUAGAACACGAGGUGCUGUUAAACAAGGCGUUUUAAUAACACAGACCCUAGAAGAAGAAACAACCAGCAACAGAACAGCAGGUGCUCACCUGUCUGACUCUCCUCAGGUGGACAACUCCUCUGUAAUUGAAAUCGACUUCAUCCGCUCCGAUAUCUUUGAGGAGGUGUUGAACUACAUGUACACAGCCAAGAUCUCAGUGAAGAAGAGAGACGUCAACCUCAUGAUGUCAUCGGGACAGAUACUCGGCAUCCGCUUCCUCGACAAGCUCUGCUCUCAGAAACGAGACGUGUCCUCAGAGGACAAAGACAAGUUUCCUUAUGACAUCGUGAAGAUGGCGCUGCCCCCCGAGGCCCAGCUGGCUGCUGAUGCAGAGGUGCUCGGGGAACACGAUGACACGCCCACCACAGAUGACCUCGUUGAGGCGUCGGCCAAUCAGGAGCUGGAUAAGUCUCCCAGUGCGGCGCUGCGUGUGCAGGAAGCCAUCUUGAAAGAACUGACCAAUGAGGACGUACACAAGGUCACCUGCUACGACCAGGAUGUGGACAUGGAGGCGGAGCCUAAAGAGCUGGGGGCGGAGCAUCACGCCACCCAGACGCUGACCUUUGCAGAGAGCAUCGGGGAGGUGAAGGAUGAGCAGACUCCAGGAUGGUCCACGACCACCACGGACAUGAAGUUUGAGUACCUGCUGUACGGGACCAGAGACCAGCUUGCGUGUCAGGUGUGUGGGAAGACCUUCCUGGAUGAGAGCCGGCUCAGGAAACAUGAGAAGCUUCAUUCAGCCGAGCGUCCGUUCGCCUGUGAGAUCUGCACCAAAGCUUUCACCACUCACGCUCACCUGAAAGAGCACCUGAAGAUCCACACGGGCUUUAAACCGUACAGGUGUGACGUUUGUGGGAAAUCGUUCAUUCGAGCUCCAGACCUGAAGAAACAUGAACGAGUUCACAGCAACGAGAGACCGUUCGCCUGCCAGAUGUGUGAGAAGGCGUUUAAACACAAGUCUCACCUGAAGGAUCAUGAGAGGAGACAUCGAGGAGAGAAACCCUUCGUCUGUCCGUCCUGCACCAAGGCCUUCGCCAAGGCUUCAGAUCUGAAGCGUCAUGAGAACAACAUGCACAGUGAGAGGAAGCAGCUGAAUCCACUGCAGAGCGACACGGAGACGCUGCAGGCUGCUGCCAUGGCUGCUGAGGAGCAACAUCUGGACAGCAUCAGCUGCUCCUAACAUCUGACAAAAUCAGCUGCUCCUAACAUCUGGACAGCAUCAGCUGCUCCUAACAUCUGGACAGAUGUUAGUGUAUAAAUGAUAUUUUCACUGUACGUUUAUUGAUAUUUUUAUUAUUGAUAAGCUGUUUUUUCCUGCUCUGAUCAGAGACCAUGAACUGACUUUCACCUGAGCUGAUGACCUCAGCGACAUGUGAUAAACAUGUUAAUACCAUGUUAUUAACAUGUUAACGCCUCUGGCUUCAUGUAUGAUUUGUCAUGUUGUCUCUUUGUAAAUGUACAGAUUGAUUUUGAAGCUCUUGGUUUGUGUUGUAUAUAAAGUUGUUGUUCUGUUCAGUUUCAUGAGCAGAGCUGCUGAGUUUUAAACCAAACAUCUGUUUUAUUUCUUUAUAUUUCAUCACUUACAUACAAAAUAAAAUCUUUUAAAAUGUCUUUCAUUUAAAGUUUAAAAUCGAUACAAAUAAACAGAUGACAGGAAGCGAGUCAGGGUUUGAUCAGCCAAUCACAUUGAGGAUUCACUCUGUAGACGUCCAACAGCACGACGUCGGGAUGGAGACGCCGCUCACCUGAGAGACAGACGGACGGACAGACAGACGGACAGAGAGGUUUUAACAUCCUUUGAUAUUUAAACAACACAUUCCUAUAAUAAACCUGGGCAGUUGAUCAAUAUUACAUGAUGUGUACAUGUUUAUAUGAAGUUUACAUUUUGUUUACAUGUGUACAUCAUGCAUACAUGAAGUUUACAUUUUGUUUACAUGAUGUUUACAUGUUCACACUAACUUUACAUGUUCGCACUAAGUUUACAUGAUGUGUACAUCAUAUUUAUAUGAAGUUUACAUGAUGUUUACAUGUUCACACGAAGUUUACAUUAAGUUUACAUCAAGUCGACAUGUUUACAUGAAGUUCCAUGUUUACAUUAAGUUUACAUGUUUACGUUAAGUUUAGAUGUUUACAUGUUUACGUUCAGUUCACAUGUUUACAUUAAGUUUACAUGUUUACAUAACGUUUACAUGAUGUUAUAAUCAGACUCACAGAUGUUUCCUCCGACUUCAUACAGAUGCUGAACAGAACUGCUGGUAGAGAGAAACACAAUGAUAGAUUAUCAACUUGUGUGUGCGUAUACGUGUGUAUGUGUGUGUGUGUGUGUGUUACCUGUUGAUACACUCAAAGCGUGUGAUGACAUCUUUUGCUCUCAUCUGUCCAUCAAGCUGUAUUGCCAUGGAAACCUUAGUGUGCAGGGGGGCGUGAACCCUGAUCACACCUGCACACAGCUCUGUGAUCUACACACACACACACACAGGUGUGAUGUCAUACACCUGGUUCUCUUACCUCACCUGGUUCUCUGAUCUCACCUGGUUCUCUUACCUCACCUGGUUCUCUUAUCUCACCUGGUUCUCUGAUAUCACCCGGUUCUCUGAUAUCACCUGGUUCUCAUAUCUCACCUGGUUCUCUGAUAUCACCUGGUUAUCUGACCUCACCUGGUUCUCUUAUCUCACCCGGUUCUCUGAUAUCACCUGGUUCUCUGACAUCACCUGGUUCUCUGACUUCACCUGGUUCUCUGAUAUCACCUGGUUCUCUUAUCUCACCUGGUUCUCUAUCACCUGGUUCUCUGAUCUCACCUGGUUCUAUCACCUGGUUCUCUGACUUCACCUGGUUAUCUUAUCACCUGGUUCUCUGAUAUCACCUGGUUCUCUGACCUCAACUGGUUCUCUUAUCUCACCUGGUUCUCUCACCUGGUUCUCUGACCUCACCUGGUUCUCUUACCUCACCUGGUUCUCUUAUCUCACCUGGUUCUCUUACAUCGCCUGGUUCUCUGACCUCACCUGG